GUACGUAACCGUGACUGGCUAACCCGUUUGGGGAAGAUUCUACGGCGGCCUACAGAGACGCGCUUGCAACGUGGCAGCCGCUGUUAUCCUUCUCCUCUUGCGCUUUCGUGAUCUAAUCGUUCCUCAAAAAUACUUUCCUCUUCUUCCUUUCUCUCCUAGUCCAUCACCCCUCCUCGACUUUAUACACGAUUAUCGAAUCGCGCCGUCGUCGCACGGGAUUACAGACACCAUGCGAUCCCUUCCCAAACAAACAAAUCCUCUCAUCCUCCCCGACGCAUCCCCUUCUUAUCAGGAAUUACUUGGAUUGCGCCGGUUGGGAAAGACGCAUUUGACCGUUAAACCCGCCCAGAUCGGAACAUCGAAUGCCACAAAACCCGAGAAUCUUGGACCAUUCGAAUAUGCGCAUCUACGCGCUCCACUACCCAAAGAUUUGACCGGCUCUGAGAUUUUUCCGGCACAAACUACGAAGCAAGACACAUAUUUCUUGAUGCGACGGAGUAAGGACGGCUAUAUCAGUGCCACAGGCAUGUUCAAGAUCGCGUUUCCUUGGGCCAAGGCGGAGGAAGAGAAGGCCGAGAGAGAAUACGUCAAGUCGAAAACAGAGACCAGCGUGGAUGAGACGGCCGGCAACCUAUGGAUUUCACCCAUGUUAGCGUUGGAACUUGCCAAGGAAUAUCAAAUGCUGGACUGGGUUCGCGCUUUGUUGGAUUCGACCGAGAUUAUUCAAACCCCUGCAAGCUCAAAGAAACCCAUCACACCACCACCUAAAUUCGAGAUGCCCCAAUUGGAGACUUCGACAGAACUUAAUCCUACUUCUCGCACCAGGAGCAGGCGCUCUGCCUCCCCAGCCAAAUCAUCUCCUAAAAAGAACGCAUCUCCACGAAAGUCACGAGCCCAUCGAUCUACCAAGGAAAGCUCUGUGGCUGCAACAACCGCUGCCAGUGCUUCUUUACAAGCUGCGUUAGACGGUGCUGCGGAUCAAGAGAAGGAGGAGAUCAACAGAACAGCUGAGGAUACAAUUGCCGUUGCUGAAACUAUCGAAACGAAGCCUAAGAAGACCAGGUCAAAGAAACAUGCCGCUGUCGAUGACAAGGUUACAGUCAAUGUCGAAUCUACGACUGAGACCAAGGAUGAGAUUGAAACCACGCAGACCAAUGUCACUGUUGAGAUGCCAGUCACCCUACCUGAUCUUCCUCCCGCUGAGGAUACCGAGCAAAUGAUUGCUCAGGCAAAGAAGAUGGUUGAGGAGGCCACGAAAUUGCAAGAGCAAGACACUACAGCCGAGUCUUCGUCGCCCAAGGCUUCCAAGAAGCGCAAAUCAGACGAAGUCGAGGAGGAAGAUGACGAGAAUUCCAACACACCCGCUCAACCCACCAAGAAGGCCAAAGUUUUAGAAACCAAGCUUCGAAAGGAGCGGGUUCGCAAUAGGGCUCUUGUUGGUGUGACUGCUACCUUAGCACUUGCUGCCGCAAUUCCCUACUUCUUUUAAUCCCAGCUCUCAUUUCUCACUUAUAGUUCAGACUGAAAGUGACAAGUACAGUCUAUUCUCUUUUAAUAAUCAUUUCCUGACCCCUUGUGCACCUAUGUCAGCAGACUGACAUACGAUGUAAAAAUACCCCUACCUUUUUUUGUUUACACAACCACUUUCUUUCCUCUUUCUACUAUUCAUUUUUUCCUCGACCGUUUUUUUCAUUAGGGCGUUAUGACUUGAUUGGAGUUGUUGUUUGGCCUUUUCCCCCUUCAUCAUCAUCCUACACUUCCUAUACAUUUUCUGGCAGAGUUUGAGAUAGCGAUUGCGGCUAUAUUUAGGGAAACAGAGGAUGAGUCUCCCAUAAUUGAUUUGGCUUAGAAUGAUAGUUUUCAUGAUAGGCGAAUCAAUGCAAGAUUACUGUUUGAAUGAAUAGUUAAUUGGAUCUAUUUUGUAUAGACUUUAGUAUAAGUG